AUGGAGAAACAAUCGACCCAGGUCCAUCCUUCACAGGACGCAGACCUCGAAGCAAGGACACAGGCCGUCGAUUUUCACAAGGUCGAGCCGACAUCAUCGAUCGGAGCAUCACUCGCCCCAACCGAGUCCGACUCCUAUGGCAGCCGCCCCGCGUGUUUCAGCAGUCUCUUUCAAGAAUGCCUCUUUGUUCUGACCACGACAAUCGCCGUGGGACAGAGUUCGAUCUUUACCGGGGCCAUCCUCUGCAUGACCAACUAUAUCGGAAAGGACCUGAACAUGACAGCGGCUGAAGUGACCUGGAUCAGUGCUGCCCAAACCCUCGCCGCAGGGACCUUCUUGCUGUUUUUUGGCCGGGUGGCGGAUUUGUUCGGGAGGAGACUGCUCUUUCUUUGCAGUCUGGCCUUUUUCAGCAUCUGUCUGCUCAUCACGGGUUUUGCUACCAACGCCUAUUUUCUGGAUAUUUUUUGUGGUCUGCUUGGUCUCAGUUCAGCAGCGUCUGUUCCUCCAGCCAUUGGGAAGCUGGGGGCGGUCUAUGACAGACCGUGUCGACGAAAGAACAGAGCUUUUGCCUGCUUUUCCGGGGGCAACCCGGUUGGGUUCGUGCUUGGAGCGUUUAUCAGUGGCGUGACAAUGCAAGUUUCCACCUGGAGAGCAGCAUUUUGGGUCAUGUCGGUGAUUUAUGCUUUCUUCUUCUUUGCAGCCCUGUGGACCACCCCACCGGACACUGAACAGACGCUUGGAGGACUCAACAUGGACACUUUCCUGAAAUUCGACCUUUUGGGGGCUCUGCUCGCCGUGGGUGGGAUUGCCAUGUUCACUGCUUCCCUGACUUUGGCGGGCGACGCGCCACGUGGAUGGGCGACGCCCUACGUGAUUGCUUUGUUGGUGGUUGGUCUUGUCCUGGUCGCUGGCUUCAUCUAUUGGCAAAGUGUAUUCCGGUAUCCACUCAUGCCGUUGAGAGUCUGGAAAGAUCGAAACUUCACACUGGUCGUGACCGUGCUCUGCCUCGGGUUUUAUGGCUUUUCUGGGAAUCUGUUUUGGUUAACUCUGCUCUGGCAACGAAUCAAUCAGCUAUCGCCGCUGAUGGUCGCGGUACACCUUCUUCCAGCGGGGAUUGGAGGAAUUCUGGUCAACGUGCUGGCAGCAAUGAUCAUGCACCGAGUGUCAAACAGGGUGAUCAUGAUCAUCGGAGCUGUAAGUGCCGUAAUCGCUUCGGCCCUUUUCAGUGCGAUAUAUACGUCGAUAUCGUUCUGGGCGCUUGCGUUUCCAGCACUAUUGUUCAGCGUGCUGUCCCAGGACCUGGAGUUCACAGUCACCAAUAUGUACGUCAUGUCGUCUCUUCCCAGUGAACAGCAGUCGGUGGCAGGAGGCCUCUUCAACACGGUGACCCGGCUCGUCGCGACGAUUGGGCUGGGCAUUCAAACGAGCAUAUACAACACCGCCGGAGGGGCGGCGCACGGGGGAGGAGCCGUGAGAUAUCGACCAUAUCAAGCGACAUUUUGGGUGUCUCUGGCAGGUGCGGUUUUGGCAGUAUUUCUGGUCCCAUUCUUGACGAUCGGGCGUCAGGGAGGUCGAAAAAAGCAUGCUAAUCGGGGACAUCAGGAUUAA